AGUGCCGCCGCUCCGCCGACCACGCGUACACGUUUUACAGACAUGAAUAGUGCAACAUUUGUGAUUUUUGCCGCCACCGUUGCGUUCGCGCACGCUGGCAUUUUACUCGAGCACGCGCCGCAAUGCCCAGAACAGCAUGGAGUUCAGGCGUACGCACACCCUGAGUUAUGUGACCAGUUCUUUCUAUGCACCAACGGAACAUUGACAGUGGAGACCUGUGAAAAUGGCCUGCUGUUCGACGGCAAGGGCGCCGUACACAACCACUGCAACUAUAACUGGGCCGUCGACUGCGGAGAGAGGAAGGCUGACCUCACUCCAAUAUCGACUCCUGGAUGUGAGUACCAGUUCGGCAUCUAUCCAGACAGCGCAGAGUGCUCUACUAGCUAUAUAAAAUGCGCCUUCGGAAUCCCAGAGCAAGAGCCGUGCACACCAGGCUUGGUAUAUGACGAGCGUACCCACGGCUGUAAUUGGCCCGAUCUUCUCCAACCUUUCUGCAAUCCUGAAGCUGUUGUAGGCUUCAAAUGCCCUACCAAGGUGCCAUCCAACACACAAGCAGCCAAAUUCUGGCCAUUCCCCCGAUUCCCCGUGCCCGGAGAUUGCCACAGGCUGAUCACUUGCGUAGAAGGCCACCCUCGUCUCAUCACCUGCGAAGAGGGCAAAGUGUUCGACGACCAGAACCUCACCUGCGAAGAUCCUGAAUUAGUACCCCACUGCGGCCACUGAUUGAAAUAAGACAAGAUUUUAUAAACAAAAGGGAGGCGAAACUAUGAAAAACUUGAAUUGGUAUCUUAUAUUCUACUAUGAGUAUAAUACAUAUCACUUUUACUUGUUAUUAAAAUAAAACAAUCAUUUGUCUCUCUAACAAAUUCAAUAGCAAGCGCAAAAGGUUUUAUGAAACUGUAGUUCUCUUAUUGAUUUUAAACCUAAAUCUUUAUUAGUUAGAGUUCAAAAUCAAUUAGGGAAAUUUGUUAUUUUGUAUGUACAUACAUAGCAUCAGUAUCGUAAGACAAAAACGAAAAGUACUAUGGAAUCCUCAACUUACGCUACCAAUUUAUUUGCCUAUUUGUCACUGCCACUAGAAUUUGAGACUUUUUGAUCUUUUUAUAUACUUCUUAUUCAGUCUCUGUUUUUGGAAAAAAGAAAAUUCAUUAUUUCGCGAAAAAAUAAGCAAUAAUUAUGAUUUCACUGCGUUUUCGUUUUGUGAUACUAUAAUUUGAAAACCAACUUUAUGAUAUUUAAAUAACAUCUGGAUAAAUUCCACCGAAAAUCUAUUUAUUACUAACUUGUUAUUCUCCAGCUAAUUUCAACAAAACUCUGUUACCAAAUGUAGUUGAUUCGAGCGUGAUAUUAGUUACCGUAGAAAUACACAAAUAUAAUAUAUAUGUAUGUUAUUGUUACAAGAUAUAAAAAAUAUAAUGUAAGUAUAUUUUAUUUCAUGACUUUGUAAAUAUUGCAAAAUAUGUGUGUGUAAAUAGGAAUUUAUGUGUGAAAAAUAAAUUUUCUAAAUAU